ACAAAAACCUCGGCCACCAUCUCUCUCUCUCUCUCUCUUCCUCUGUGUGUGUUCUUGUUCUUGUUCUUCUGAUGCGUGUUCAAAGCUUCGAACUUUACCAGAAACGUGUUCAAAGCUUCGAACUUUACCGGAAACCCAUCGGCGCAAUGCCCACCCUCCUCCUCAUACUCCUCGUCCUGGUCGCCGCCGCCGCGGCGCCCUUCUCCGCCUCCCAGACCGCCCUCGCGCCGUCGCCCGCCUCCGACGCGUGCAACGGCGUCUUCCUCUCCUACUCCUAUACCGGCGGGUCCCAGCUCCCGCCGACGAACGCGACCCACCAGGCCUACCGCUUCCAGUCCACGCUCACCGUCCUCAACAACGGGGCCGACGACCUCAAGUCCUGGAUGGUCCUCGUCGGGUUCCAGCACGACGAGCUCCUGGUCUCCGCCUCGAACGCCGUCCUGGCCGACGGGUCGUCCCUGCCCGCCAGCGUCGGGAACGGCACCGUCUUCGCGGGGUACCCGACGACCGAUCUGAAGACGGCGAUCGAGACGGCGGGCGAUCUCACGCAGAUGCAGGUGCAGGUCCAGCUGGUGGGGACGCAGUUCGGGGUGAAGUCGCCGGACGUGCCGAUGCCGUCGAAUAUCUCGUUGGCGAACGAUGGGUUCGUGUGUCCCGCGCCUACUCUGCAGGGCAAGAGCGAGAUGCAAGUGUGCUGCACCAAGGACACCAACUUCAAGGCCAACAUCACUGUUGGCGAUGGCUUUCUUUCCCGUAAAAGUGGCGAUCUAACGAUCAUGUACGAUGUUAUUAGAACAUAUGACUCGUCCUACUGGGCACAGGUCACCAUUGCCAACCACAACCCACUUGGUCGUCUUGAUAACUGGAAAUUGAGCUGGGAUUGGAUGAGGGAUGAGUUCAUCUACACGAUGAAAGGGGCUUAUCCAAAUGUUGUCGACUCUAGUGACUGCAUAUUUGGCACCCAGGGCACAUACUACCAGAGCCUGGAUUUCUCAAAUGUAUUGAAUUGUGAGAAGCGGCCAACCAUAAUUGAUUUGCCUCCAACCAAGGCCAAUGACACCACGCUCGGUUUGAUUCCUAAUUGUUGUAGAAACGGCACCAUCUUGCCACCAUCAGUGGACCCGAGCAAGUCAACGUCGGUGUUCCAGAUGCAGGUCUACAAAAUGCCACCAGAUCUCAACAGAUCGGCGCUCUCGCCUCCACAGAAUUGGCAGAUCAACGGCACGCUGAAUCCCGACUACCAGUGUGGUCAACCAAUUCGAGUGAGCCCAAGCCAGUUCCCAGACCCUAGUGGCUUACCCUCUAACACUACUGCAGUUGCCAGCUGGCAGGUGGUGUGCAAUAUCACUCAAGCCAAGGGGUCGAGCCCUAGAUGUUGCGUGUCAUUCUCUUCAUACUACAAUGAGUCGAUUGUCCCAUGCCCAACUUGCGCGUGCGGGUGCCCUAGCAGCACCAGCCAAACUUGUAGCGCCACAGCUCCAGCCAUUCUUCUUCCAUCAGAGGCUCUUCUGGUUCCUUUCGAGAAUCGUUCAGCGUUGGCACUUGCCUGGGCUGAUCUGAACCAUCACACAGUGCCCAAUCCACUUCCUUGUGGUGAUAACUGCGGGGUCAGCAUCAAUUGGCAUGUGUACACUGACUACACCAAAGGUUGGACUGCAAGGGUCACGAUCUUCAACUGGGACGAGACCUCUUUUCCUGAUUGGUUCGCUGCGGUGCAAAUGGAUAAAGCUGCACCAGGGUUUGAAAAGGCGUACUCGUUCAACGGGACCAUGUUGGAAAUUAAUGGCGCUAAUAAUACCAUCCUCUUGCAAGGACUCCCGGGAUUGAACUAUCUUGUAGCGGAAACUGAUGGAGCUAAUCCACAGAAGGACCCUAGGGUCCCUGGGAAACAACAGUCUGUUAUGUCAUUUACCAAGAAAAAUAUUGCUGGGAUAAACGUGCCGGGAGGAGAUGGCUUUCCGACUAAAGUGUUCUUUAACGGAGACGAGUGCGCGCUUCCUUCUUUUUACCCAAGCAGUGGAAGCCGAUCAAUGUCGAACAUAGUCUACUCAGUCCUUGUAGCAUCAGUUCUGUUCAAGUUGAUGCUGCGGUAGCAGGACGAGGACCUAAUUACGUAUGGCUGCAGAUUCUUUAUAUUCUUUCAGUGGACUGUCACUGUAUACACCUUACCGGGAGGUUCCGAAUUCUCGCUCUUUUACUUUGCUGAGAAGACCGUUUGCACACACUGCAAUUGUCAUCUGCAGGUUGAAAGAAUGUUGUAACUCUAAAAUCUAAUGAUUCUCUACAUUCUUUUAUGCUCUUUCAUGAUACUGUACUUGUUAUGAUGUUUGUGGAGUUAAAUAGAAUUUGUACUUUGUGCAUAAUUUAGUAGAGAUGUUUUCUGUUU